AUGGUACCAUCUGGGAAGGGCAACCGAAUGAUUGUACUGCAUGCAGGAAGCCGGGACAAAGGAUUGAUCGACGGUUGCGAAUUGGUCUUUGAGGCAAAGAAAUCAAGUGGAGAUUACCAUCAGGAGAUGAAUGGAGGUGUCUUCAUGGAUUGGAUGGAACAUCAACUUUUGCCCAAUCUUGAUCAGCCCACUGUCAUAGUGAUGGACAAUGCCAGCUACCAUAAUGUGAGGGAACCCGGGAGCAUCACACCGACAAUGAGCAGCCUGAAGAAGACGAUGCAGGAUUUCCUCACAUCGUGUGGUGUUCACUACAGACCGGCAGACACAAAGAUACAGCUGAUGGAGAAGAUCCACAUAAACAGGAAGCCCAUUCAGUACACGGCCGACGAGCUGGCUGCUCAACAUGGUCACGUUGUGUUACGUUCACCCGUGAGACAUUGUGAACUGAACCCAAUGGAACUUAUCUGGGCAAACUGUAAGGGGUUCGUUGCGAGGAACAAUUCUACUUUCAAGCUCUCGCACGUAAAGGAGUUGAUUCAUGCAUCGUUUGGCAGGAUAACCUCUGAAGUGUGGCAGACGGCAGAGGACCACGUCCUUGACAUUGAACGGAAGUACCGUCAACGUGACGGAGUGGACAUCAGUGUUGUUGCACCUGUUGUGAUCCAAGUGCAUGAGGACACGGAUUCAGACUCAGAUUCGGAUUAA